UUGCAAAUGGUCGGGUGCGGAUCACUAACCCACGUCUUAGGUAGUUUCGAGGCUGGAAGAGCAAAGAGCCACCGAUCGGCGAAGUAUUGGUAUCACUGGCCGUUACCAGAGGAGUUGAUUGGUGAAGUACGCAAUUUCCCGUAAUUCUCAGGGACUCAACGACCGAGGAACGCCAUUGAUUGGCCAUUCACUACCGGUUCGAGCACAAAUUAUUGGCAAAAACACAGACGUAUCAAUUUGUUGGUUUGCUCAAGGUUUUGAUAAAUUAUUCAGCGCUUGUUCCUCAUUUAAUUACAGUUUCAAGUCACGAAGUUGGUGCAAGUAGGUGUGUUGACAUGCCUGAUUCUGGAAGUGUUAAGGCCACAGGGAGGAAUCUCCCUUCAUGGAUGAGCUCAAGGGACACUGAUAAAAAAUCUGAGAGUAAGGAACCAUCUGAAGAUGAUAAAGGUAAACGACAAGGUAAACCACAAGCCAGCCAAGCCACAACAUCUUCUGAAUCAAGUUUAGGUUCUAGUAAAUCCUCCAAACUCCUGGAAGGGGUUGUAUUUGUGCUCUCAGGAUUUGUUAACCCUGAACGCAGCACAUUAAGGUCUCAAGCAUUGGAAAUGGGGGCAAAGUAUGAAGCUGAUUGGAACAACAAUUGCACCCUUUUAGUUUGUGCAUUUCCUAACACCCCAAAGUUUAGACAAGUUGAGGCUGAUAAUGGAACCAUUAUAUCCAAGGAUUGGAUAACCGAAUGUUACAACCAGAAAAAGCUUGUUGGCAUUGAACCUUACCUUUUACAUGCUGGUAAACCUUGGAGGCAUCAAAGUAGCUCUAGUUCAACAAAGAGCUCUUCUAAGAAAGUAGAUAAGUCUACAGAUUCAAAACCACAGGCUUCUACAUUGAGCAAGAAACAAACAACUCACAAGAAUGUUAAAAAUGAGUUUUCAACUUCUGAAGUGAAGAAAUGGGCAAUAGAUGAUGUGAAAAGGACGAUAUCAUGGUUGGAAAGCCAAGAUGAAAAGCCUGAUCCAAGUGAGAUAAAGAAAGUAGCAGCUGAAGGAAUCUUGACAUGUUUACAGGAUGCUUUAGAUUCUCUUAAGCAGGGGCAGGGUUUGGGAAAGAUAAUGGAGGAGUGGAGUAUUGUGCCACGUGUCAUUGAGGAGCUAAACAAGCUGGAUAUAUCUGGAGAUAAUUCUAAAAAAGACAUCUAUCACCAAGCAAUUGUCUGUAAAAAAAUUUAUGAAUUUGAGGUUGGCAAUUUGGAAAAUGAGACAAAAGAUAAUAAGAACAAACGACCCAAGAUUGAGAAAGGGGUAAAAAAGGAAAAUCCAAAAAGUGAUGCUGCUGCUGCUUAUGAUAGUGAUGAUACCAUUGAGAUGACAGAAGAUGAAGUAAAAGAGGCAUUUGAUAACAUUGUAAAUGAUAACCACUUUGCUCAUAGAUCUUAAAAAACUCUCAUGUCUACUCUUUUCAUGGUUUUGUGGACAUUUGCUUUGUAUGAUCUUUAAGAAGUUUUUGUUUUUGGUUC